GAUCGACGCAACACGGCUGAUUAAAAGUAAACGCCGAGUUCACACUUUUCGAUACUGGUCUGUCGUGGGUCUGUCGGGAAGCUGGUAAAGGGAAAGUACUAAACACUUUGUCAAAGUUUCCAUAAUUUUAGAGGCGUGUGAAAAUUUUGAGAAGGCAAUUUCCAAAGCAAUGACGUUUGGAGCAGACGAUUGUGCGGGUCACGUGAAUGGUGUGACGUCGCCGCGUCGUCUGCUGCACAAUGCCGCUCAGCUCAGGCAAUAAAAAAAAAAAAAAAAGAAAUACAUUCUUACACGGCACACAACUUGGCGCAAAUUCUUGUAAACUGUUCCUUUACCAAAUCAAAAGCUAUUGUCGUUCCGUAUAUGUACAUCCCCAAAAUAUUCAAGAAACAACGAUUUUCUCCUCACGUUCCCCGCGUUCCCCUUGCAUUUGUGACAGGAGUUGGAACCCCCGGGCGUUUGCCGCUAGUCGCCAAGAUAUGACGUCACUGCUCUCAAGUCGGGUCGGUGGAAACAAAAAUAACAAAAAAAACACUUAAUUUUGUUUUUAUAACACUCUCAUAGUCAUUUUUUGCACUUUCUUGGUAUACACGUACCACUUUUGUUCCUCACUUUUUUCAAUAACUCUAUGCUUUUUUCAACUGCUUUUAUAACAUUUAUGACUAACAUGUGGCGCCAUCUAUUCAAAUUAGAGAAGCUUUCACUUAAAACGUCACGCCUAGUAUAGAUAGAAGGCAUUUAAAGGUCGCGGGAUUCCCGGUUAGACGCAUGUGCGUCUGUCGUCGAGCUCGUAGGAAGGGUAACUGCGAACACACCGGUCCACGCAAUCGUCUGACCUAAAUGGAGCCCAUGUACCUCGUAAAACGUCCUCGAGACCUGCAACGAGGAUAAGCGACGUCGAAGGCCCGGUCCUCUCCACUGCAACAACAACGACGAGAUGCCAUGCACCCCGAAGUCGUCGUGAAAGUGCUCCUGUUCGCCAAGGCCCGCGAUUUAGCCGGUGGCGUCUCCGAACUCUCGCUCCCGUUCCCGAGCGUGCUCCGAGACGUCGAAGAGCUGAAGCAGGUGCUCUUUUCCACCCACCCUCAGUUGCGGCCGCUGCAGCACUGCGCCGUCAUCGCCGUCAACGAAUCGUACGUGGAAUCCGGCGCUCAGCUGACGUUGCGCCCAAACGACGAGAUCGCCUUUAUACCUCCCAUCAGCGGCGGCUAGAAGCCUAGCAAGCGCAGCGAUGGACUACACGGAGCUGUGCACGUCCAAGAUCGACACGGAGAAGCUGAUUUCGCAGGUAGGUGCCCCGGACUGCGGCGCGAUUUCCGUGUUUAUCGGGACGACGAGAAACCACUUCGAAGGCAAGAGGGUGCUGAAGCUCAGCUACGAGGCGUACGGGCCCAUGGCCGAGCGAGAGCUGGUCAGGAUGUGCGCGGACGUCCGCACCAAGUGGAACGUCAAGAACGUCGCCGUCGUGCAUCGGCUGGGCGAAGUGCCGGUGGGGGAAGCGAGCAUCGUUAUCGUCGUUUCGUCAGCGCACAGGGAGGAAUCUCAGGCGGCCGUGAAGUGGAUCAUCGACCAGGUCAAGAGCAGGCUGCCCGUCUGGAAGAAAGAGAUCUACGACGACGGACUGUCCGAAUGGAAGGAGAACAAGGAGUGUUUCUGGAACGCGACUUGAAGUCCAUCCCCCGUUUUCUUUUAUCCACUGUUCUCGUCAUUGUUAUUAUAUAUACCCAAGUUUAGUGCAUCGAUACCUUUGUUGAUUCGAUGUGAGGAGGGGAAAGUCUAUUGUUCCCUGUUACCGCGUUGUUCAUCGAUGACAUUUAUGUAAUCCAGAGCACCAGUCAAAAGGAAGGAGCAAUAAACACAUGUUUGGUUUUUCACGAUGA